GGGGAAUCUCAGUUUAUAGAAAACCGGUGAUUGCCAAUUUGGCCUGUACGAAAGUUUCGGCGUUGUAACAACAGAAAAAACAUGGAUGAUUACCGUUUUCGCACUCAACAAUCCCCAAGAAACGAGGCGCCGAUGAAUUCUCUUGUCUCACCGCAGAGAAACGGCAGGCCCAUGCCCCCGCCUGUCUCGCAAGACCCUCGAACAACUUUGCCUCGACGAUUCACCACCGACUCGGGGCGUGUACCAACAUUGUCCACCAUAUCCACCCAGCGAUUGCCGGAACCUCAAGAAUAUACCGCUACCCAGUAUAAAGUACAAUUGUUAGAGAAGAAGAAGAUCGAGUAUGAGAAGCUUCGAGAGCAGAAGCGGCGCUUCGAAGCCGAAAUGCACAAAUUAGACCAGCAGCAGCGACGGGAUGAGUUCGACAUUGCCCAGAUGCAGGAGGAUCUAGGCCGAGGCAGUGGCAUGGGCCCGACCGGCCACCAAUCUGAGCCGACUACGCCACCCGAGUAUCGCGAGACGAGCUCGGGGUUUCCAACGAUGUUCUCUCGCCCCAACCGAUAUUCUACUCCGAGCCUCGGCCUCGUUUCCCCGCCGGGGCUUUUCAAUCGACCCGCGAGAUCUGGCUCGCAGCUCACCUCUCCCCAGUCGGGCAUCCUUCAAUCUCGCUUUUUUGAUGACUCUCUACCGUCCCGCUCCGUACCGGGAUCUCGAAGAAAUAGUGACGAAGACGAGAAGGAAGAGGCGCUCCGCCAAGACCCUACCAGUCACAGGUCAACUAACGCCCUUAACCGGUACUCUAUGCCUGUGACUCGUCGCGGCAACCUCUACGACAAUAUUGACCAGACAAACACAGCUGGCUUUCUUUUUAGAGACGACGAGUCCUCGAUGGAUUUGGGCAAUUUCUCUGGUGUCGACACAGUCGAGGACAACUUCCCGCAGCUCUAUGCACAGAAGGGAAACCCCAACAUGCUAUCUGCUUCCUCCGCGACAGUUGAUAUUGCCUCUCAGCUCCCGAGUAGUGAACCUACGCCUACGAACAACUGGGGAAACAUACCACGACACCGGCAGCAGCAGAGUUUGUCUGGCCUGGGAUCUUCUCAGAUGAGCGCGGGAGACAGCAUGGCCUCUAACCAGACCGGUUCUUCUGGCGAUGCUAACUCCAUCGGAUCUCGGCCAUAUCGUCACUCUCUCGACUUGAAUCAGUACAGAGAGAUGAAUACCGAGACAACUACAACCACGACGAUGUCACCUGCAUCUACCCAGGUGUUGUCGACUCCUCCAAAGUUGCAGACGUCUUUUUCGACUAGUGAUGUGCCUACCAUUAAAAACGCUCCUAAUAGCGCGUUGACGCCCUCAUCUAAUGCUAACGCCCACGCCCAGCAGCAUUUUCACAACCACAAUGCAAGCAUCGGUCGGAUCCCUCCAGGGGCUGUUAAACGACAUAGUCGCGAGCUUUCUGCUGAUAACCACACCGGUAAUGCCCAGCCUGGGACGCAGUUCCCCUCUAUUCAAACUCAGCUGCAAGGCGGUGCUCCCAACUUUGGCCCAGUCGCAUCCAGCCAGGCUACCGCUCAGUUGCCUGUCUCCGCUGGGCCGCCCUCUGUCGGUUCGCCAUCUCCCCUCGGGUCCUACCAAUACUACAGCGGAUAUAACCAGACGAGCCCCAGCAGCAAUGGCUACAGCAUGAAUGUACUUACGAUGGGUAUGCAAAACAUGGGCAUGAACAACUAUCCGGCGCCGCAGAAUUAUCCCGGUUAUGGCCCGGUAUAUCAGGGCCCGACGCACCAGGGUCCUGCACAGCCGCGAGAUUCCCAACAGCGUGUCAUCCAGCAACGCCGCGCGCAGGAUACCGAAGCCAUGAGCCGCUACGCAAAUCUGUCUCUCGAGCAAGUAGGGGGCACUAUCUAUGAACUUUGUAGGGACCAGCACGGAUGUCGUUACCUCCAGAAGCAACUAGAGAAUCGAAUCCCGGAGCAGGUCCAUAUGAUCUGGUUGGAGACGAACCAACAUGUCGUCGAUCUUAUGACAGAUCCCUUCGGCAAUUACUUGUGCCAAAAGCUUCUGGAAUAUUGCAACGACGACGAACGUACGGUACUGAUCCAGAAUGCUACGCAAGACAUGGUCCGUAUCGCACUGAAUCAGCAUGGCACGCGGGCAUUACAGAAGAUGAUUGAAUUUGUCUCGACGCCGACUCAUGUCCAGCUCAUCAUCGAUGCCCUGCGAUACCGCGUCGUCGAUCUCAUCCAGGAUCUAAAUGGAAACCACGUGAUUCAGAAGUGUCUUAACAAGCUCAGCGCCGAAGACGCCGAAUUUAUCUUCAACGCGGUCGGAAACAACUGUAUUGAGGUGGGCACUCACCGUCACGGCUGUUGCGUUCUCCAGCGCUGUAUCGACCAUGCUUCGGGAGAGCAAAAGCUGUGGCUGGUGACCAAGAUAACCGAGAAUGCCGCACGCCUCGUGCAGGACCCAUUUGGCAAUUAUGUUGUCCAAUAUAUUAUCGACCUCAACGAGUCCAUCUUCACCGAGCCUCUAGUUCAACAGUUUCGCGGAAAGAUUGGGCAGUUAUCCCGCCACAAGUUCAGCUCCAACGUUAUGGAGAAGUGCCUCCGUUGCGGUAACGAGGAAUCUAAGGACAUGAUGGUCAACGAACUCCUUGUGCCAGGCGAGAUGGAACGUCUGCUCCGCGACUCGUAUGGUAACUACGUUGUCCAGACUGCGCUGGAGCACUCUACCUACCAUAUGAAACUCCGGCUAGUUGAUGCUAUUCGGCCAAUCCUGCCUAACAUCCGGGCGACCCCGUACGGUCGGCGCCUGCAAGCGAAGAUCCAGCAACAUGACUCGCGCAAUGUCAACGCUGGCGGACAGACGACGCCUGCAGACCCCACCCAGGGUCAGAUUCCGGCUCGCCCUCCGCAUAGCCGCACGAUGACAACCCAGUCAGCCGUGCCUUCUGGCAUCUAUUCCAACGGCCUUAACGGCGCCCGCGGAAAAGUGACAUACCAAUCCGGGAGCACAAUGGCGGCGUCGAACGUGCCUACUAGUGCCCCUCCCCAACCGCCACGUACAAACCACCAAUUUCCUCCCUACCCUACUAACGGCAUCGGUCCCGGAGCCAACGAAAACUUCUUCUAGACAUUCCUCUCCCGGGAACGGAGGUCACGACAUGUGUAAUGGUACGAUAUACGAACUAGGACGAUAAUUCAGACGGUGUUCCAUCGCCAGUCUAUAUGGUGCCCCUAGUCUCCCUCAAGAAAUGAGUGAAAUGUUUCCCACGAGCUUGACGACACACGGACAUUACGCAUCAUACCAUACAUUAUUCUACGUUGUGCAUUACAUGGUUUCAUUUGCAUCGUUAAGCAUCCUUAC